UGUGUGUGUGUGUGUGUGUGUCUCUUUAGUACAGAACCACAGACAGACGAUCAGAUCCUCCUUCAGACUGAACUAACAACGUCCUCUGAGUGAGUUCAUCUACAGGAGAGAGGAGGAGGAAACUACAACACUGCAGACGCUCCACACACUGAAGCGUCACUCAGAGACAAAAUGGCUUCCAGGUUAGAGGAGGAUCUCUGCUGUCCGGUGUGUCAUGAUGUCUUCAGAGAGCCUGUCGUUCUGUCAUGUAGCCACAGCUUCUGUAAAGACUGUCUGCAGAGCUGGUGGACAGAGAGACGAACACGGGAGUGUCCAGUCUGUAAGAGAAGAUCUUCAAGGGAUCAUCCACCUGUAAGUCUGACGUUAAAGAACCUGUGUGAGACCUUCUUACAGGACAGAGAUCAGAGAGCUUCAGAGGAUCUCUGCAGUCGGCACUCUGAGGAACUCAAACUCUUCUGUCUGGACCAUCAGCAGCCGGUGUGUCACAUCUGCAGAGACUCAGAACAACACACCAACCACAGAUUCAGACCCAUCGAUGAAGCUGCACGACAACACAAGAAGGAACUUCAGGAAACUCUGAAGCCUUUAAAGGAGAAGUUAAAGGUUUUUGAAGAAGUUAAAGUGAAGUUUGAUCAGACAGCAGAACACAUGAAGGUCCAGGCCCGACACACAGAGAGGCAGAUUAAGGAUCAGUUUAAGAAGCUGCACCAGUUUCUAGCAGAGGAAGAGGAGGCCAGGAUGGCUGCACUGAGGGAGGAAGAGGAGCAGAAGAGUCAGAUGAUGAAGGAGAAGAUGGAGGCUCUGAGCAGAGAGAUAGCAGCUCUUUCACACACAGUCAGAGCCACAGAGGAGCAGCUGAGAGCUGAAGACGUCUCAUUCCUGCACAACUACAAGGCUGCAGUGGAAAGAGUCCAGCAGCGCCCCCUGCUGGAGGAUCCACAGCUGCCCUCAGGAGCUCUGAUAGACCAGGCCAAACACCUGGGCAACCUGAGCUUCAACAUCUGGAACAAGAUGAAGGACAUGGUCUCCUACACUCCUGUGGUUCUGGACCCAAACACUGCUCAUCCAGUACUCAUCCUGUCUGAAGAUCUGAGCAGUGUGAGAGGAGGACAGAGACAGAAGCUUCCUGAUAAUCCAGAGAGGUUUGAUUAUUACAGGUCUGUCCUGGGAUCUGAGGGCUUUAACUCAGGGACUCACAGCUGGGACGUCGAGGUUGGAGACAGUACAUGCUGGAUACUGGGUGUGUUAGCAGAGUCUGUCCGGAGGAAGAGACUCAUACAGUCUGGAUUAUGGAGAAUAAUGUUUUACGAAGGUGAAUACUCAGUGUUUUCACCAUCAGCUCCAUCUACUGAUCUCGUCGUGCAGAAGAAGCUCCAGAGGAUCAGAGUGAAUCUGGACUGGAACAGAGGAAAGCUGUCGUUCUCUGAUCCUGAUACUAACACACACCUACACACCUUCACACACACUUUCACUCAGAGGAUGUUUCCAUACAUUUUCACUUGGGAUGAAGUGAAGAUAUCACCUCUGAAGGUGUGUGUGACAGUGGAACAGAGCAGGUAAAGAAGUAUUUCAUCUCUGGAAAGACUUAAAUAAAACUUUCUCUCUCUGCAGUAGAAAGACAAAUAUUUUUUAACUUGAUGCAACAUGAGCAGAGAAAACAGAGUAAAAGGACUGUGGUGUUCACUUCUACUCAAAAGGUAGAAAGACUACAACACCCAGAGUGCACAGCGCUGCACCUGAUUGGACGGGGCUCGGUUUUGGAUCAGAGAAGACAGUGAGGCGGCUGGAUGGUGACGAACAACAUUGUGUUGCAGCUAAAAAUAUAUAUAAAUAUCCAGGAUGUUGAAUCUUUAAAGAUGUAACAAAAGGAGUCAUUAUCAUAGUCCGACCUCCUCUGAGCGGUGACAGGAGAUAUCUGAGAGGAGGCGUUCAUCCCCGAGGUGAAGUUCGGUGUGUCCAGCAGUGAGACAGC